CCUUCCGGUUUUUUCUUCUUUCUAUUUCAGGGGGCGUGAAAUUAAAGAUAGGUGUGAUAUUAGUCCUCCGUAGCCGAGCCUGCCAUUGACAUUCACGGCGCAAAACUGUUCCAAUUUCUAGCCAAAUAAAGACUGAGUGGCCGAAUUGCCAGCUUGUUACAGCGGGUUCCAUAGACGAAUAACGGUUAUUAUUGUGGUCUUAGCUGUCCUCUCGGAACCAGCCAGCAACGCGGCGAGGCGGCAUGGCCUGAGCACUGACCUCGCCUCGCCUGGCAGGACACACGUCUCUACGACGUCCAGAGCUCACUGCGUCAUUUGCCUCACAGCAGUUGCGGGCGGGCGAGCGAGCGGGGGGGCGGGGGAUCUCACCCGGAAGUGAACCCGCGAGUUCCUCAUGGGGAGCAAAGUCAGCUCCAACAUGGCAGCGCCCGCCACCAAAGUGAUUCAGGUACGCUUGACAAACUGUUUUCGUCGUUGUUCGUCCGCCAGUGUUUUUGCUCAGGCAAUACGGCCUCAUACUCCUCUGAUCAAGUUUCCAAAUAGGGAAGGCCUCCCAAAGCCAAACGUGCUGGAGGUAUUGAAAACAUUAGUAGUUAACCUUCCACAACGGAGCUCUCCUAGUUCCCCGUUGGCUGCCGCACCACCUCCACUAUCAAGACCUCCAGGAUCGAUGACGCAACUUCCUGGCACGCCGGACAGCCUGGCCUCAGUUCAGCUUCUCCCCCAGAGAUAUCGCAGGAGACCGGUGGCAUUUGAGGAGAUGGAAUACAUCCAGCGUGGUGGGCCAGAGUGACGUACAGCGACUCUGUAAACGCGACCAAAGCCCUGAGCUGUGGAAAUUGGUUUGUGUGUCUAACUUUGUUCUUCAGUGCAAGAGGAUCUCCUGUGUCAUGACAGAGAUUAUGCAGAAUAAAGUAUUACAUGAUCCAUGUUAAAGAUGUACAUAUGAAUGUUAUUUUUCAAACUUGUGUAGCUAUUCGGCUUGAUUGUAUUGUAACAUCUUAAUUGUAUUUUGUGUCGUCUUAAAUGCAAGAAAGCUGGCUCUAAUGACCUCUCUAUAACCCUUUCAUUGCUAUGGAAGCCAUUCAUUAGAUUUUAUUUUAAUCCUUGACUAUUUAGUGGAAUAUUUUGACAAAAAACAUGGGUAGGUGGUGGCCACUCGAUGAAGAGCAAAUAAGACUAUAACCCAUUUCUUCUUUCACAUACACAACCAUAACAGCACCACGUGGUUCUCUGCAACAGAAGUGGUUUUGUUGUGCGCCACAUGACUUGUUUUUCAUUUGUGAAGCCGUCAUGCUCAUGAGGACAAGGGUAGAAGUACAUUUCACACCGACAAAACCAACAAAGCUACCCUCAUUUUGGGCCAUACUGUGCCAUUAACUGCAUCGUCUUGGUGUAAAUUGCUGAAUCGCCAUACUGGACUGCAAGUUGCAAAAACAAAAACAAUAGUGAAUUCAAGGUCUUGAGUUGAUGUAAACUGUUGGUUUUGAAUGAUUAAAAGGCUAUUGUAAUGUGCUGUGCUGGUUUUUAAUAUCACGCUUGAUGUCAUGCAAUGCCUAUGUAGGAUACUUAACAGGAAGUAAAUUGAAAUGAUAGUUUGCCUGAAAGAAACUAGUUGUACAAUAAAUU